AUGGAUAAAAGUAAAACGAGGCCAAAAAGAAAGGCACCCGAAGACUAUGAAAGAGGAAUCACUAAGAGAACGAGGCAAAUAGCCACCAGUGUGACUAGCAGACCAGCAAGUUCAGUGGCUACUAGAUACGCGCACAAGGAAGGUUCCGGCACGAAGGCAGCCGAGGCCAGUAAGGAAGGUGGCGAUAGCGGUACACAGAGGUCGUUUGACAAAGCUAGACACACUUCCACUGCACCUAGCGUCAGCAGGAGAGGAUCUAGCGCCGGAAGAGAUGCAGAUAGGUCGGAAAGCAAAAGUGGAGGUCGAGAAAAGGAGGCUGGCUCCAGCGGAACGGCCGCCACCAGAGCACAGAGUAGACCCGAGAGGUCGGAGAAACAAAGAGUGGAUGUCAGCAGGCUGGACAGUAAGAUCAUGGAACUGGUGGGCAGCACCGACGCAGAUUUGUUCAAGCUGGUGUAUAAUAUUUCAGUUGGCGCCGUGGACCCUGGUAAGUGCGUAGACGUAAUCAGGUUCUACGGCUUGGGGCACGGAAUGCUGAUAUUUAAGCUGUUGGACCUGGUCUCAUUUUUCCUGGACGUCUCGAUGAAGAAGACCAAUCUGCUUUAUUUCCUGCAGGCACUGGAGUCCCUGGGGGUUAACAAGGAAAUUAUAUCGACCAUUGACGCGAACAAGUUGGACAACUGCAACUACUCGGAGGGGUUGGUGAAGAUACAUAUAAGGGAGAGGACGAGGAACAACUACGUCCUGAAGGUGUUUAACCUCUACAGAGAGUGCCCCAAGGGCUUCAUGGCGCUCAUCACAUAUUUUUCAAGUCUGAGUAGGCGCAAAGUUAAUAAAGGAGUGGAGGAAGCAGGAGCUGAUGGCACUGACGUAGACACGGUGUGUGAUACCAUAAAAAGGAUAACGGGGAUGUAUAAGCUGUGCCCGCUGCGAGUGCUGUAUGAAGUGCUUAACUGGCUGGCGAUGGGAUACUUUAACGAGAAAUUCGUGCUUGGGCUCCUGAGCAUGUACAACGAGAAGCAGGUGCGCUUUUGCGUGCUGUUUUACCUGCAGGUUAACAGCGGAGGCGGAGAUAAGGCCAACGUGGGAGGUGCCGGCGCUGAGGACGUGAAAGAAAGUGCCCGGAAGGAGAGUAAGGCGGAUGGCGGUGAAGCUGGCCUCAGUAACCAGGGAGAGAGCGAGGCGACUGUUAAAGCCAGUAGUGCGGAAGGCGGAAUCAACACCACGUGCUCAGGAAUCUACUAUUUGAUAGCGCUGCUGGUCACGACAAACUACUUGAGGCUGGAGGACGUCUACAAGUACCUGAGUCCCCCAGAUGAACUGAUUGUGCAGCUGUCGAGGCAUUUUAUGAGCGUCGUCAGAUCGAGUUCAGUAGGCACCACUGCCAGGGCGGACAACCCAGUGCUGGUGGACCUUCUGAAAUCGGCCUCAUUCUACACCAUUUGCAGCGAAUACUUGAACGCCUGCAAGCAGAAUUCCAGUAAGGCGAAGAGAGUUGACCGCAUGCUGGAAAUAUUUAGUGAUCCGAAGUACAGUGGGUUCCCCGCGAGGGACGCGAACGGGCUGUUGACCAUGAGCAGCUACAGGCUUCUGAAAAACUGCGUCUACGCCUGCAACUUCCCAAAGGUGGCGCUUCUGAGUAACAUUUUGGGGCUGUGCGACGACUUCACGGGUGGAAACUGGAGCCAGUGCUACGCGUUAAUAGUGCACCUGUGCAAGCUCGGCUACUGCGCCUUUUUCAACACGAGCAUCGUGCACAGGUUCAACGGGAUACUGACGAAGGUCCUGGCAAGCUCAUCGUUUUCGACGGCAACAAAAAACUAUAGCGCCGCCACGAAGGUGGACGUGGCGAAGGAGUGGGUGAUACUGAAGAAACUUGAAUUUUAUUUCGGAUUCGUAGGGUUCAGAGCAUGCGAAGACACGGUGCUCUUCAACAGAGUGCUGAGGUACCUGUACAACCUGCUGCUGCAGCUAGAAGCGAGUCCGCAGAAGUUGACGAAGAGUGCUGUCAAGGGGCAAAAAGGCACAGCAGAUGCGGCGGCCAGUGGCAGUCGUAAACUGAAGCUGAAGGUGACGAAAAUAAUAUACAAGUACCUGCUGUUCAACGUCAUGAACUGCUGCGAAGGAAACUUCCAGGUCUCCGACAAGAUAUGGAAUAUCCUGAAACUGUUCACGACGCUGGAGAGGUACCAGAUAUACGCAAAGAGUUGCCACUUCCUGACGAAGUAUAAGCUGGAGGCGGAAGCGCAGUCGGUGUUGAAUGAGGAUAGUGGCACUGCCAACGGCAGCGACGGUGCCGUUGGCAGUGACAUGAGAACGACGUACUACGUGAACCAGUUGUACUUCGUGAGGAGGACGCACCAGAUCUACAGCCAUAAGCUGAAGAACAUCUUCAAGAAGAUCACAGGGGAGCUGCUGAAGUCGGUCAAGAGCCCGACGAUACGCUCCAUCGUGUCGAUAAUCACGGCGAUCAGCGCAAUUAACCCGUUCUCAGUGGGCACGCUGAUCAUCAAGCAGUCGGAGAUGUUCAACAACCUGCUCCUGCCGCUGUGUGAGCUGACGAAGUACUUCCAGGCCUACACGAUCGACGUAUUCAUCUACCAGCUCACAGUGAACCUGCUGGGGCUGAUAGGAGCAGGCUCAGGAGGAAAGGAAGGAACGGCCGGAGGCAGUGGCAGGGGCAUUGCCAGCGUAAGCGUGGGUGGCGGAGGAAUUCGAAAAAACAGAGGAGAAAAGCUGAGUCUGAGCAGCAUGAGGUUGGACUGCAACAACCUGAUGAAGGAGGACGACAACAAUAAAGUCAACGUUAACAGCAUCAUCCUGUGUAAAAUAUUUAAGCGCCACAACGAAUGCGAUAUCGCACCACUUAUUACAGUCCUGGCGCUGCUGCUCAACUACGCGCUGUCCAAUAAGCUGGACCUAAGGCACUCAGGGUCAGGAGACCUCUCGAGGCCCAAAAAGGCAACCGGCACGGCUGCGGCGGUUAAGCAGGUGGACAUACAGCUGGACUCGAGCAACUACUACGACCUCGUGUUCAGGAUCUACAAGGUGCUCGACUACCUGGUAAACCUCUUCGAGCUCAUGAACGGAAUCAUAAUCAUCGACAUGAAUAAAAUGACCAACGACCAGCUGCUGAGCCAGUGCGGAAGCUUCUCGCUGAAAACGGAAAGCCAGCUUAUGAACCUCGACGAAGAAGUGACCCUGAGUAACAAGAAGGUGUUCAAGAUCGUCUCGAGGCCAUUCUUCCUGCACUCGCUGAUGCUGAUCCUGGGCAGGCUGCUGAACGAGCUGGUCUACGACAGCGACUUCGGGAACCACAAGCUCCUCGUGGAGGUCGUGAACAAGUACCACAGCGUGGUCAUGCUGCUGGUGGAGUUCCUGUCGACGAGCACAAACGAGGCCACGGGGAACAACGGCAUCAGCAGAGUCUUCCUCUGCGCCCUGAGCAAGUACUACGCAGGCAACUACAUAGACUUCUUCAGGCAGUAUCUGUUCGGAGGGGUUAGCGCCACCGGCAAUGCUUUGGCCAGUGCGACUGCAGGCGCGGCGACCGGCGGCGAGGAGGAGAGCGUGCUCGACGAAAAGUUCGUGGCCUACGUAAACACGCUGAACAUAUACGACAUAUUCGUGCCAGUGGAGCAGUACGACCACUACAUAAACAAGCUCCUGAGCCACUACAAUCAGCUGGCACCGAGCACGCGCAGCGCAAACGGGACACUGAUGCGGAGGCUGAAGAGGAUCAAGAACAGAAUCACGACGCUGACAGUGGACAAGCAGGCGCACCAGGCGCACAGCAGCGUCGUGCUGGAGCGCCUGAAGGAGAUGCUGCAGAGAUUCGUGAAGAACGAGCAGAAGGUGGGCCCGCACGUCACAGUCGCCUUCAUAGCCAAGGUGGUCUACCCGCGCGUCUUCAUCUCGGUGCUCAACUCGAUGUUCUGCUGCAAGCUGGUGGACCUGAUGGUGCUCUACCGAGUUAACUACUUCAACUACUUCGACUUCGUCAACUGCUACUGCAAGCUGCUGGUGCCGCUGAUCAACUACUCGACGGAGGCGGAGGUCAUCAACUUUAGCGUCUUCUUCAACUACUCAUUCAACAUGAUUAAAAGCUGGAUAAACAGCAGGGAGGCCUUCGAGAGCGUGGUCAGAGGAAACCCCUGCUUCUGUCUGACCUUCAGGUUUAACCCGGAGAAGCAGUUCAAGUACGAGCAGCUGCUGCAGGUGCUGAAGAAGUGGGAGUACCUGAUUCUGGUCUCGCUGUUCUCGUGUUACACCGUCGGCGGCCCUGAGAGCAGGGCCAACAGCAGGGGCGCCGGGCCGACCGGUGGCGACCUGGGCGAGGGCGCCAAUGACGAGGCCUCGGAGAGGGGCGACCUGGAUCUUGAGAGUGUCGGCAACGUUGGCAGUGAGGGUGGCGAGUACAAAGAGGGUAACGAGGGUACUGGUGGCACCCAGUACAAGGAGAGUAGUGGUGGUACCCAGUAUAAGGAGGGUAUUGUUGGCACCGAGGGCUGUAACCCAAAGAAUAGUGGAGAAAAGGCCAGUAACCCAAAGAAUAGUGGAGAAAAGGCCAGUAACCCGAAGACUAAUGAGCAAAAGGAUAGUAAAUCGCCAAUUGACGACGAAAUGACGGGGGGAAACAGCAUUGAGAGCAUUACCACCAACAACGAUAACGCCAGUGACCAGGAUCCGUCCGCUGCCACGCCCGAUAGCAAAGGCGGAGGCAGGGCAGAGGGCUCUGACCCGGUUGGCGGCGUUGCGGAAGGGAACGGCACGCACACGUCGGGCAACGAAGACAGCACCUUAAGCCCAGUCAACGCCGCCAGCGGCAUUGCAGAUGGAGCCGGCGCGGCGGAGCCAGUGGGACGCCUGAGCAGUUGGAUAGAGAUAAAAAACGUCGUAAUAUUCCUAAACAAGGUCUCAGCUAACUUCCCGGUCACACACAACUCGAGCGCCAAGGUGGUCAACUUUUUGAAGAGCGUGCUGAAGGUUUCCAAGAGGGAAAACUGGCAGGACGUGACGGUGUCAGCCAACACGCUGAUAAAGACGAUGCAGAUGUACCAGAAUCAGAACAAGUACAUAACGUUGGCGUAA